AUGCUCACUGGUACUGCGGUACUCGCAGCUGAGAUCAGAGAAUACAACCUGACUUUAGAAGCUUCUUGGAUCGGAAGCAAGAUGGACGGCAAUCCACGAGCGGUCCUCACGGUCAAUGGGCAAUCGCCGGGUCCAGUUAUUGAAGCCGAUGAAGGUGACACUCUCCGUGUGAGAGUGACGAACAACAUGUUCAUCGAGGCGACGAUGCACUUCCACGGCAUAUUUCAGAGCGACAAAUACUGGAAUGACGGUGUACCAGGAGUCACGCAGUGGCCGCUCGAACCGCGGAAUUCAUACACCUACGAAUUCAAAGUGAGCGACAACCAGACUGGCUCAUAUUUCUAUCACGGACAUUUCGGACCCGCUUUCGCCGAUGGCCAACGAGGACCAAUCUGGAUUCGUCCAUCUGCAUCUCGACCAAGACCAUACGAUUUGAUCUCCGAUGACAAGAAAGAGAGAGCGGCAAUGCUUGCGGCUGAGAAGAAGCCAAAGCAUGUAAUGGUUUCUGAUUGGAAUUUCGACGGCAUGGAAGUGCUUAUUCCAUUAUUUCGUGAUGCGGGCGUCACACCGUCCUGUGCAUCAUCAAUCAUCUUCAACAGCAAAGGUCGACGAUUCUGCGUCUCUCGCGACGAGCUGGACCAGUUUGAUCCAGAGAGAAAGCGAGACUCGCUCGGCUGCCUUCCUCCCAUGGUGGGAGCUCAAUUUACCAACAAGCGAGAAUGCGAACCGACUUACACCGACCUGGAGGUCUUUGAGGCUGAUCACGGAGACACAUGGAUGCUGCUCAACUUCAUCCAUCCUGGCGCCCAUCAUGAGCUCAGAUUGUCGGUCGACGAGCACGAUAUGUGGAUCGUCGCAGCUGACGGUGAUUUCGUCAAGCCUACGAAAGUCCAAGCAAUAAACCUGAACAUGGGUGACAGGAUCUCAGUUCUUGUUCCACUGGACCAGACAGCCGGAGAAUACGCGAUCCGUGCUUCUUCAAUCGUCGAAGAGCAUAUUAUCCAGGGCAUUGCGAUUCUUCGGUAUGCUGGCAUCGAUGAACGUCGUCAGGACGGAGUUAUGCUUGUACCCGAUAGCAAGCCACAUAUCAAUCUUAUCGGCAACACGAUCAAUGGCGGUCGCAUGAUGGACGAGCUCGACGAUCUCGCUGCUUUCCCUCCGCGAUCUCCCCCACCAACUGCGGACCACGAAUUCAAGUUCGUUGUCAAUCAGACCGCACCUUCUACCUGGGUGCUCGCGAGUGAGCCACACCAAGGCUUCCGCCAGCAGAUGCCUCCCAUACUCUGGAACCAACAGUCUAUGGGUCCAACCUCCUUCGGGGGUCUCAAGAAUGGUAGUGUUGUUGACAUAAUUUACGAGAAUGCUGCAUACGGCGAUCAUCCGUUCCACAAACACAACCACAAAGCGUUCAUCAUUGGACGUGGCGAUGGUUUCUGGAGAUGGAAGAACGUCGCUGAAGCAAUCAAGGACUCACCGCAGAACUUCAACAUGAUCGAUCCACCUCUGCGGGACGGAGCCAGACUAGCGAAGGAACAUGGCUCCUGGACCGUCAUCCGCUACACCAUCAACUUCCCCGCUUUAUCCAUGUUACAUUGUCACAAGAUCGCACAUUUUGCAGGUGGCCAGCAAAUCGUACUUAUGGAGGGCGCCGAGGCUAUGGCCCCUCUGCCAGAGUACGUCAAGAAUCUGGUCCACGCCGACUUCGUUCCAUCGAACAGGUACGGACCGCUUGAUUGA